AUGAAGAAAGCGCGAAACAGGGGCGGUGAAACGCUGAGAGAGACCCCGCAACUUUACGACGAGAAAAGUGGAAGCACAGGCGGCGUGUGCGUGCAAGAAGACUUCCGGAAUUACGGGAAAAAGAGCGAGGGAAAGAGGAGACAAACACGAUGUCGGCCAGGCACCAACAAGAAAAAUUCCUAUUGCCCGUUAACAGUGGUGUCGUAG